GGUUAAGAAGUUAUCUAGGGGUAGGAGGACCUCGCGGCCAUUACGAUGGCCUCCCGCCGACCAACUCGCCGCCUCCUCUACGAGACGCCCGGCGACUCGUUCCCACGCCCGCAAGAUUACUCGCUUACUACUCCGUCCGUUCCUUUUCCUCCUCCUCCUCCUCCUCCGUCUCCUAUCUUUUCCCAGGAACCCACCACCAUACGCCUCCACCGCUCCAGCUCCCUCCUUCCCGCCCUCCCCGUCGCCGCCGCUUCCGUCGUCGCCGCCGCCGCAAUCAUGAUCAUUUUCACUUUAUUCCUAAUCCGCCUCCGCCGCCGACGCCGUGCUGGAGCCGCCUCGCCGCUCGGGGACGACUAUGGCGGAGACGGCGAAGAAGUGGUGCAUCACGUGUGGUACAUACGCACCGUCGGCCUGGAUGAGUCAGCCAUCGAGUCAAUCACGGCGUGGGCCUACAAGACCGGGGAUGGCGUCCUCGGAUCCUCCGCCACCGGCUGCUCAGUGUGCCUCUCGGAGUUUCGCGACGGGGAACUCGUUCGCCUCCUCCCAAAGUGCGAUCACGCCUUCCACCUCGGUUGUAUCGACACAUGGCUACGAUCUCACGUCAAUUGCCCCCUUUGCCGAGCUCCAAUCGUUGCUCCAAGCUCCGUCACCGCGGAUUGCGUUCCUGGAACAAGCACCACUGCUCUGCCCUCCUCUUCUUUCCCCCCACCUGAACCCGGCCCCAAUACUAUCACCUCAGCGGACAAUGAUCAGAUGGGCAGCCGGCAAACUGAGCUUGGUCCUGGUGCCUCAGAAGAGGAAUUUGAAGCUGAAAGAUUGGAACUUGCAGCUAGAACUCAAGCUGUACCAGUCCCCAUCUUAAGCGCCGAGUUGAAAAUGCCUAUUGACAUCGGGGAAGACGGAUUCCAGCCCAUCGGCAGAUCGUUCUCCAUGGAUUCAAUUUCUCUGGAGUUGGAGAAUCUCAGGAACUUCAACAACAAGAAAAAACACACCUUAGAGGAAGAUUCGAAUGCUCCAUCUACAACCAGGGCAAAGCAUGCUUGCCAUGCCAAUUCCUUCCGCAAGGAAAUGGGUAGAUCCUUAGCAAGCGCCAGCGAGAGGUUCAUCUUCUCAGUAAACGGGAGACCUCGGAACUCAGUUUGUCCACAGUAAUGGCAGCAAAAUGUACCAGUAAUGAAUCCUUCCAAGUCAUAAAAAUGACAACUUUCUUAGACAUGUUUGGUUCUCGGCAAGUCGAGAGCUACUUUUGGUGUAAUUUGUGUUUAUAGAUGCAGAACCUUGGAGCGACAAGCUGUCACUCGUGCUGCAUCAGUUCUAGUCAAUCAUGUGGAUGCAUAUUUGUGUUUUCUGAUUAGUUUUACAAAUGUUCUUAAUAUAUAUUCAGCUUACAAAGAUCCUUAUGUUGUAAUUAGUAUGAUCCAAAUCAAUGGUAUUGUGAUUUUGAUGAUCAA